AAGAACAUAUUGAGGGGUAUAAAUGUAAAUAACGAAUGUCAUCCUCUUCCAGUCCCGCUCUCCUAUCAGCUAGUCCUCCACACAGCUUUGCGUCUUCACCACCAGAAAAUAAAAACACACGACACGAGCACUUUCACAGUUUCACUUGUAAAAAUCCAAACAGAUAAAUAUCUUCCAUCCAUGGACGAAAACGCAGGCACAAAAAGAUAGCAGGUAGUCCAUAAAAUCUGCAGAGCGAGGUGCAAUGGCAUCCUUGUCCGCUUACAUAUUCAUCCACACCCCAAAAUCGCACUCCUUAACCCUCUCGCGCAGAACAUUUAAAUCCGCACACUUCAACUGCGUCACUCAUCUGGCGGCGCCAAUCCUUCCCUCUUCCGCGAAGCACAGGAGCCGGAGAUCCUCGGUUGCCGUAAUUAGGGCUAGCAGCAGCAGCAGCGGUGUUGAUGUCGUCACGUCAGCAAUCAGGCCUGGCGGCGCCGUCGAGAGCGAUAAAUUGCCGUCCGACGUGCGGAAGAGAGCUAUGGAUGCCAUUGAUUCCAGCGGGAGGCGAGUCACAAUCGGUGAUGUGGCGAGUAAGGCCGGGUUGAAGCUGAAUGAAGCUCAGAAAGCUCUUCAAGCCCUGGCUGCCGAUACCAAUGGCUUCUUGGAGGUGUCAGAUGAAGGAGAUGUUUUGUAUGUUUUCCCCAAGGAUUAUAGAUCAAAACUUGCUGCUAAAUCGUUUGGGAUGAAGAUUGAACCUUUGUUGGAGAAGGGAAAGAUGGCGGUGGAGUAUUUUGUGAGAGUUUCAUUCGGGACAGCACUUAUUGCAUCCAUUGUUCUUGUUUAUACCACGAUUAUUGCCAUAGCCUCGAGUAGUCGUGAUUCGGAUGACCGUGGCAGACGGGGAAGAUCAUAUGACAGUGGAUUUACUUUCUAUUUAAGUCCAACAGAUUUAUUCUGGUAUUGGGAUCCGUAUUAUUACAGGAGGCGUAGAGUACGGGAAGAUGAUGGUGGAAUGAACUUCAUUGAAUCUGUUUUCUCCUUUGUGUUUGGUGAUGGUGAUCCCAAUCAAGGGAUUGAAGAAGAGAGGUGGAAGUUGAUAGGACAAUACAUAGCAACAAAUGGUGGUACUGUCACAGCAGAAGAACUUGCUCCAUAUCUUGAUGUAGAGAAUGCUGAGAAGAAGGAUGAUGACUCAUACAUACUACCGGUGCUACUAAGAUUCGAUGGUCAGCCAGAAGUAGAUGAAGAGGGGAAUAUUUUAUACCGUUUUCCUUCACUACAACGCACUGCGGCUCCACAGAGGAGUGGACGGAAAGAAUAUGUUGGAAGAAAAUGGUCUGAUUUGGAUGGAAUUCGAAAGUUCUUUAAGGAAAAUAAAUGGAAAUUUAGCAAAACCAGUUCUUCAGAGAGGGCAAUGGUGAUUGGUCUUGGAGGCCUAAAUCUAUUUGGGGUCCUGAUUCUAGGCUCCAUGUUGAAGACAAUGACAGUUAGCCCCAGUGGGUUCGUCUCAUUUGUCUCUGAAAUAUUUCCCCUACUUCAGAUCUAUGCCGGCUCUUUCUUUGCAAUUCCGUUAAUUCGGUGGUUUUUCGUUCAAAACAAAAAUGCUAAAAUCGUUCAAAGGAAUCGUGCCAGGGAACAAUGGGCCAGGGCUUUAGAAUCACCUGGUCUUUCUUUAAGGCGGAAGCUUUUAAGUGCUCGGGACAUGGCACAGCGGACAUUCAUUGGACAGGAUAGAAUUGUCUAUAGUACGGAGAAGGAUUUAUAUGACCAGGAUUACGAGGCCCGGGAAUGGGAUUUGAGAUUCAAGGAGAUUGAAAAAUCUGACUAGUCAAGAUUUUCUGUAAAUUUUUGUUCACAAUAGGGAUACUUAUACUAUUCAUUACAUGCAAAUGCAAGCAAGAUCGGUCUUUGUCCAUAAACCGUGGUCACAGUUUGUGAAUGAGCUUCAGCUGUAUGUUGUUCUAUUUGUAAUGUUGCAAUAUGGAUGCGAGUUGCGACUUAUAAUCACUUUCAUCAUUCCCCUUUCCCAUAAUA